GUUCUCCAUUUCAGUGUUUAUUUUUCAGCAUGGUUCUAUCUUUCCAUCAUAAUUAUCGUCAGUAUCGGCACGUUCCUCACCAGCGUCGUGCUCUCUGUUCAAAGUCGAAGGCAAUACGGGCGAAAUCCACCGCUCUAUAUUCGAUAUUAUUUCUUUGUUGUCAUUCCUUCAUUCAUCUACGUCAGUGUACCACCAGCAUUGGAAACGUUGUGGUCUGAACUCGAUAAAAAUCAAGUGGAUUCAUUGUGCGUAGAUCGAACGCCUAUAUCUCCACCUCCUCUGGAGCGGCAGUCAACGCUACGAAUUCCUCGGUCCGGUCUGGACCGAUUCAGUUCGUUCCAAAUGAUCGACAUUUCAGUGCCACCGUCGCCCGCGGUGUCACGAAUCUCUCGGACACCAUCAACAGCACACUCGCAAAAACCCACAUUGUGGGAGGGUACAAUCAGUGCCUUAGCGGGUACCAACACGCAGCUACGUCGUACGUCAACUGCCUUUACUAAAGAAGUAGAUACUAUGCGAAGAAAGCGACAAUGCUCGUUGGAAUGGGAGUUCCUUGCAACAGUUCUUGAUAGGUUUCUACUCUUGCUGUUCAUCUCAGCAGUGGUGUUGAUCACGAUGGGUCUGGUCGUGGUUGGUAAAAUGGCACAAUUUAGCUACGAUCAUCCAGAUGAGGCAUUCUUCUGA